GGUAACUAUUCGUUGUUAGCAACUUAGCAAUCCUGCAAAUCGAAGAGCGGGUUAAACUAAAACCUUGACCCAGCGCGCGCCGACGCCGAUUAGCAGAGUACCAUACGAGGUAGUUGAAGGGAACGCCAUCUAGCAAAGGCUCAGCUUGACCGGCGGCGAGAGUGGCGAAGAUGGAGAAGAUGAGCGUCGAACAACUCAAGGCGGUGAAGGAGCAGACAGAUCUCGAAGUCAAUCUGUUGCAGGACAGCCUCAACAACAUUCGCACCGCCACCACUCGCCUCGAUCUCGCUUCCGCCGCUCUCCACGAUCUCUCCCUCCGCCCCCAAGGGAAGAAAAUGCUGGUCCCUCUCACAGCAUCGCUCUACGUGCCUGGAACUCUCGAUGACGCCAAUAAGGUCCUCGUCGAUAUCGGCACUGGCUACUUCGUCGAGAAAACCAUGGUGGAGGGGAAAGAUUAUUGCGAAAGGAAGAUCCACUUGCUGAAAUCGAAUUACGAUCAACUUCUCGAGCUUGCAUCUAAGAAAAAGACAGUUGCAGAUGAAGCUGGGGCAGUCUUGCAGGCGAAGUUGAAACAAUUAGCACCACAAACAUAGAGAGAGGUCUGGGUGUCCAUUAUAGUUUUUUGUUGGAUUGUUGAACCUCGGACUACAUUUCUGUGAACAUGGUGUUAGAGAACUGUUUUUGCGGGAGGCAUUCAGGUAUCUUCCUUUCAGGGGACUAAAGGAAGACUAUUACUUCCCCUAAAACGAGCUUGAACCGUGGACUGAACUAAAGAACCAUAUAGGAUUUGUUCAGAGAGGAUGCUGUUAUUCGUUGCCGGUCAGAUGUAUUACAGCAACUUCUUUGUCAUCUGGUUCACUGUUAAUUUAUGUAUCUUGCAAUUUCUCUGUUGCUGCAGCCAUCUUCUGUUUCUUUUAGAUUGAGUUACUAGUUUUCUGGUUAUACUUGCUGUCUUGUUGGUGGGGAUGACUCUGGUUUGGUGCAUGGCUUGAUGACUGGCUUUGUGAUCUUUUAACCUUCAAUAGCUUCGUCAG